UAUAAGGUGUCAGGACGUGGCGGUGUAUUUCUCCAUGGAGGAGUGGGAGUAUGUAGAAGGACACAAGGAUCAGUACAAGGAUCAGGUCAUGAUGGAGGAUCAGCAGCCCCUCACAUCACCAGUCAGAUCCAGUAAGAGAACAGCACCAGAGAGGUGUCCCCGUCCUCUUGAUGAGCAGAAUAUGGAGGUCAUUACUACAGGGAAAGAUCUGAUCUAUAUUAAUGCUACAAACAUAAAGGAAGAAGAACAAGAGACAGAUGUAAGCAGUGAUGAACAGUAUAAGGAGGACAUUUCUACACGGAAAUAUCUGAUCUAUAAUAAUGCUACAGACAUAAAGGAAGAAGAAGAGACAGAUGUGAGCGGUGAUGAGCAGUAUAAGGAGGACAUUCCUAAAGGGAAAGAUCUGAUCUAUAAUAAUGCUAUAGACAUAAAGGAUGAAGAGACAGAUGUGAGCAGUGAUGAGCAUUAUAAGGGGGGCAUUUCUACAGAGAAAGUUCUUAUCUAUAUUAAUGCUACAGACAUAAAGGAAGAAGAAGAGACAGAUGUGAGUAGUGAUGAGCAGUAUAUGGAGGACAUUUCUACAGGGAAAUAUCUGAUCUAUAAUAAUGCUACAGACAUAAAGGAAGAAGAAGUGACAGAUGUGAGCAGUAAUGCACAGUAUAAGGAGGACAUUCCUACAGGGAAAGAUCUGAUCUACAUUAAUGCUCCAGACAUAAUAGUAAAAGCAGAAGAGACAGAUGUGAGCGGUGAUGAGCAGUUUAAGGAGGACAUUUCUACAGGUAACCACCCAGAUUCUUGUACCAGGAGAUCAGAGGAGAAUCUUAUAUCUUCAGAUUAUAAAGCAGAUGAUGAUAUCACACAAGAUACAUAUGAAGAACAUUCCAUUAUCCCAGAUACACCCUCAGCCCUUCACAGCCAAGAUCUGUCAUCUCAUCCUUAUAUACAGGUCCUGUCUUCUCACUCAUCACAGGAUGUUCAGCAAAAUAAAAUCCACAGAAGGGGUGUUGGACAUCAAAGAGAUUGUGCAGGGGAGAAGCAAUAUUCAUGUUCAGUAUGUGGGAAAUGUUUUAAUAGCAAAUCACAACUUAUUCAACAUAACAGAACUCACACAGGAGAGAAGCCAUAUUCAUGUUCAGAAUGUGGGAAAUGUUAUACUCAUCAGCCAAGUCUUAUUAGACAUCAAAGAACUCACACAGGGGAAAAGCCAUUUUCAUGUUCAGAAUGUGGGAAAUGUUUUACUUUUAAAUCAGGUCUUAUUGUACAUCAACAAACUCACACAGGAGAGAAGCCAUAUUCAUGUUCAGAAUGUGGGAAAUGUUAUACUCAUCAGCCAAGUCUUAUUAGACAUCAAAGAACUCACACAGAGGAGAAGCCUUUUUCAUGCUCAGAAUGUGGGAAAUGUUUUACUCAGAAAUUAGACCUUGUUGUACAUCAAAGAAGUCACACAGGGAAGAAGCCAUUUUCAUGUUCAGAAUGUGGGAAAUGUUUUGCUCAGAAAUCAUAUCUUGUUGUACAUCAAAGAACUCACACAGGGGAAAUGCCAUUUUCAUGUUCAAAAUGUGGGAAAUGUUUUACAUUUAAAUCAGGUCUUGUUGUACAUCAACGAACUCACAUGCGAGAGAAGCAAUUUUCAUGCUCAGAAUGUGGGAAAUGUUUUGCUCAGAAAUCAGAUCUUGUUAAACAUCAAAGAACUCACACAGGAGAGAAGCCAUUUCCAUGUUCAGAAUGUUGGAAAUGUUUUACUCAGAAAUCAGACCUUGUUGUACAUCAAAGAACUCACACAGGAGAGAAACCAUUUUCAUGUUCAGAAUGUAGAAAAUGCUUUACUCAGCAAUCACAUCUUAUUCAACAUCAAAGAACUCACACAGGAGAGAAGCCA